AUGAAUAUCGCCAAUCCACUGUCCUACUUAAGCCAAAAAGUUGUUUUCGAGUAUACCGAUGCCAACGUGAGAAUCAAUCUUGCUAAGAGAAUCCCAUCAAUUCGUUCCAUUGAUCAACUAACUCCUUUAUCAAUCAAUUACCUCCGUUUGGAUGACAAUGUAACCGUCAUUAACGACACAAAAUAUGUCCUGAAAGUUUUUCGAAAAUACCCUGAUAACGCUCAAAUCCCGAAACAUCACGAGAAGGAGAACAAAGAAGGUGGAGCAGACUAUGAUAUUAAUCCGUUUGGGUUUCGAGACUUGGAAAAACACAGGAAUCCCGGAGAUAUAGUUCUGAAAGGAGGCGGUAUAGAUGAAUUACAGUACCGGGAUGAUGAAGAAGGAAAGCUUGAAUUAGAGAGAUUGUUGGCUUAUUUCACAUCUGUGAGGAACCGAAAUACAUUUUUGUGCGAUCAAAUCGAGAAGGAUUCAAUAAAUCAAGUGGUGACAGUCCAGGAUCCAUUCAUUUUUUUAAAUCCCACUGAAGAUGACGACGACGGAGAGGAAGAUGAUGAUCAGUCGGAACCAGGAUCCGACAUAGAUGAUAUGGACCUUGAUGAUUUGGACGAAUACGUUUCAUUCUCACCCAGCAGCAGGGAAGAAAUUGAUAGAAUUGAAGCCAGUCUUCUUCCUUUCCAGUAUGGCGGGACGCGGCCUUUUGAUCUGUUUAUCCAACUUAUCACCGGAUCUGGAACUUCCAUUCACACUGAGCGCUUUAACUACACGAAACUACAUCACGCCAUAAGUCUCUUGAGAAAGAAAGUGUUCGGGGGACGGAGAUUGAUAACUGUCAAUUGUUUGGAAAUCGGAAUGAGUUCAGAAAUUUUGAGAAUCCCAUUUCCAUUGAAAUUCAAGGUGAAGAACUUGAAAAUCAUGGGAUUUCUAGGAACAACACUUGAAGAAUUGACACCAGUUAUUGAUUCAUCUAGUUUCCCAUUAGAAACCCUGGAAGCUAAAUUGAAUUUGGGAGAUAAUGCGGAUGAAACAGUGACUAAGAUGUUGGUGAUUAAUAACGAGAGAUACAUUUCUCCUGAUCUAAUACGUAAUCUGAAACAUCCGAAUAUUUAUUGUAAACUGGAUAGAUUGAGAGGAAGAGAGUUUCCACGGUUGAUUUCGAAUUGGGUAGAGAUGAGAAUGUCAAUUGGAUUCAGGAUUUCGUUCAGUAUUCAUUGUAGAGAAAAGGCGGAGAAAAUCAUCGAAGUUGUCAGGAAGAGAUCUGAAAACGCAGUGAUGGAAAACAAUAAGUGA